AUGACGGAGCUCGCGCUCGUCCUCGACGGCGAGGCGCCGGUGCGGAAGAAGGAGGUGGAGCGAGGGAAUAAGGUGCUGGUGACCCCGCUGUACGGCGUGCGAGGCGAGCGAGCGAUGUGUUAUCACGUCUCUAUCGAUGGAUGUAACAUUUUGCUCGAUUGUGGGUGGACGGAUGCGUUCGACGUGGAGAUGUUGAAGCCGCUCGAGGCGAUCGCGAAGGACGUGGACGCGGUGUUGAUCUCGCACCCCGAUACCGCGCAUCUCGGGGCGCUACCGUACGCGUUCGGGAAACUUGGGAUGAAUUGUAAGGUGUACGCGACGUUACCGGUGCACAAGAUGGGACAGAUGUACAUGUACGAUCAUUUUUUGACCAGGCAGGAUCAGGAGGACUUUCAGGAGACGUUCUCGCUGGACGACGUCGACAAGGCGUUCGCGGCGUUCGUACCGGUGAAGUAUCAGCAGUUGUCGAUGCUCAGGGGAAAAGGGGAGGGGAUUUCCGUCAUGGCGUACGCGGCGGGUCACACCCUAGGCGGGGCGAUGUGGAAGAUUGGGAAGGAUGCCGAGGACAUCAUCUACGCGGUGGACUACAACGUUCGCAAGGAGAGACAUUUGAACGGCGCUACGUUUGAUUCCAUUCAUCGUCCCGCGCUUCUUAUCACCGAUGCGAGUAGUGUCGAGCGUGAGGUACCGAAAUCCACCGUUCCCAGGGACACGAAGCUGGUGGAUACAAUUUUGUCGAGCCUUCGCAUGAAUGGUAACGUGUUGAUCCCAAUCGAUCCCGCCGGACGUGUGCUCGAGUUGAUCUUGCUCCUCGAGGAGAAGUGGCAACAGCGUCAGCUUGGAUCGUAUCAAAUCGUAUUGUUGACGAAUGUGGCGUACAACACGCUUGAUUUCGCUAAAUCUCACUUAGAAUGGAUGGGUGAUCUCGUGACGAGCGCGUUCGAGCGUCGACGCGAGAAUCCGUUCAACACAAAAUUCAUUACGAUUUGCCAUACCAUGGACGAGUUGAAAGCUUUACCGCCUGGACCAAAGGUCGUGCUCGCAUCGUUCGGCAGCUUAGAAGCCGGACCCGCGCGGCACCUGUUCGCCGAAUGGGCCGGUGACAAGAGCAACUUGGUGGUGCUCACUGGACAACCCGAGGAGGGAUCGCUUAUGGAGGAAGUUGUGCGAGUCAGCUCGAAACCUGCGGCGAAGAAGAAUGUGAAAUUUACUCUUUCGCGCCGCGUACCUUUAGAAGGAGAAGAGCUGGCAACACAUGAGAGUACUCGCAAAGCCGACAAGUCAAAGAAAGAGGAGGAGAAGAAGCCCGAGCAUGUGUCUGUGGAAGAAGAGAUGGUAGAUAUCAAACCCGUGGAACCGGAUGAACCUGAACCGAUGGAUGUGCUUUUCGGUGUCACUACGGUUGGAUCCACGGCCGAGGCUGACUUGCGACGCCGGGAAACUUUGACAGAGGGUUUCACGCCAAUAAUGACGCAGCACGGCCCCAUGUUCGCCGAUGAAGUGUGGGAUCCCGUGAUGACGGAUUACGGUCAAGAGAUUGACAUCGAAUUGUUCAUGCGAACAUCGCAACAAGCGAGCGGACGAAUGGUGCCUGAGCUCGCGAAGGAACCUUCGACGAUGUUCGAGGAUCCAAGCGUGGAAAUGAUCGAAGAGCAACAGCUCGUCGAAGCUGCGCAAGAGGCGGAAGAGGAUGAAGAAAUCCCGACGAAACUUGUGUCAGAAGCAGUUGAAGUGAGCGUCAAGGCAACUAUUCUGACGAUCGACUUUGAAGGUAAAGCCGAUGGUCAGAGCGUCCGCACGCUCAUCGAACAAGCGGCGCCGAGACAAAUCGUGCUCGUUCAUGGUAACGCGAAAGAGACGAAACUGUUGAAAGACCAACUCGUUUUGACUCUGCCCGGUGUAGAUAUUUACACUCCGAAUGCGGGUAAGACAGUCGAGUGCACGUCUUCCAUGGCGACAUACAAGAUCCGUCUGUCAGACGCGCUUUUCCAAAAGGCGAAGAUGCGAGAUAUGUCUGGAUACAGGGUGGGUUGGGUCAACGGCAUCGUCGGUAAGGCUUUGGAAGAAGGGGGUGCCCCGAUGUUGCUUCCGAUGUCAACUCUGAGCACCAAGGCAGACGCAGGAGCACUCGUGACGACGACGUCAAACGAAAUGGCGAUUAUGAAGAGAGCCGCGGCUCAACCUGGUUCUGUGUUUUUGGGAGAUCUUCGACUCGUUGAUUUUCGUCAGGCUUUGGCGCAAGAGGGGAUCACCGCUGAGUUCUCCGGUGGUGUUUUGGUUUGCGCUGAUGGUCGUGUCACCAUCAGAAAAGACAGUGACGAAAAGCUUGUCAUCGAGGGCGCUUUGUCACAGGACUUCUUCGAAAUCCGACAGAUAUUGUACAGCCAGUAUCAAAUUCUCUAA